AUGUCGGUCUCGUCGUACAGCACAAGUCACGGCAAUGAGUUGCUACCACUCGGCGGAUCCAGGUCAGGAUUAAUAAUGGGACUAUUUUUCGAACAUGCUUGGAAUAGAAGUGUUUUAUUUUCAAUUUUAGACUUCCAACGAUGCAAGAAAUGUUCGCAUCUCGAGUUAGAGACCGUUCAUCAAUAAGUGCCGACCAAGCCCUGAUCCACAUGAUUAAGGUUGCCUAAUUUAAAAUAAUACUUUAAGAAAUCUGAAGUUAAGGUUAUGAUGGGAACAGGAAUGCUGUCCUUACCUUUGGCUUUCAAGCAUUCCGGCCUGUGGGUGAGUUAGAAAUCUUCUUUUUUUCAAAUAAAAUAGAGAAACUUUCUCUUUUUUAUUCAAAGAUAAUUACAGCUAGGUCUCGUUCUUCUUGCCUUGAUUUGCAUGAUAUGUAUCUACUGCACUCGACAAUUAAUCUAUGGACAGCAUUAUAUCACAUAUAUGUAGGUUCCUUUUUUUAAAAAUUUCAAUUAAAAAAAUUGAUAUUCAUGAGCAAACAUUUCAGGAAAAAGCGAACAGAGAAUGGAUUACGCUAAUGUUAUGCGAUGUGCUGUUGAACUUGGACCAUCUUGGAUUCGCGGCCAUGGAUAUUUUUUUCAAGUUAGAUUUUUAAAUCAGAGUUUAUUAUCAAAAAAACAGACAAGCAGUGAAUUUGAACAUGUUCGUUGCCCAGCUAGGUUUCUGUUGCGUCUAUUUUUGUCUUCAUGGCCGAUAACUUGAAACAAGUGAGUUGCUUGGAAAAAAAUAGUAAAAACGGAAUUUUUCCAAAGGACUCUUCGUUAAUCAUUUCGUGAUAUUUUUUUCACGCUCUUAUGGUUAUUAUUGAUCAAAAAAAUUACUUCAAAUGAAAAAUAAGGAACUGAAACCAUUGUAAAAGAUAGAAAAAUCCAAAGAUAGAAAAAAAGAAAAUUUACGAAAAAGUUUUGAGAAAAUUUCUUGAAGUGCGCUCCAUGGGAAAAAAAUUAAGGGAGCUUCGGAAUAUCUUUCUAAAUUGUAUGCAAUUUUUUAUUGAUAUAUCCAGAUCUCGUGUUCGAAAUGGAUCAAAAUAGCCGUCAGAGAAAGAAAAAGAUAAAUAAAUUUUGAUGAGACAGAAAUUAAUUUGAAUUUAGUGGACUGCAUCUCGCUUUAUUUAAUUGAAUUUAGAAAAAAAAUUCAGUUUUUCGACCAAACAUCAAGCAUCCAUAUUUCGCAAGCUGGUUGGAUUGGGUUAUUACUGAUCCCAAUUGCAGCACUAUGCACGAUCCGGGAGCUCAAGGUAAUUAUAGAAAGCUUGUUAUUUUUCUGAAUUCCAAAACUUCUCAGGCCCUGGCUCCUCUAGCUGCCGCUGCCAAUCUUAUCUACCUGAUCGCCGUCGUCAUCGUUCUUCAAGAUCUCUUCUCAUCAUGGUAGUUUUUCAAACUUAUGAAAAAAGAGUUUUCAAUUUUAGGCAUUCCUACGACUCUUUGCCCGCCAUCGGAAAUUGGCAAUCGCUUCCGCUUUUCUUCGGAACUGUUAUGUUCGCCUUUGAAGGUGUUGCUGUGGUAGUAAUUUCUUAUAAUUUCUCAGAAGAGAGAAAAAAUUGAGGUUUUACCCAUCGAGAACCAAAUGAAUGAGCCGAUCCAUUUCAUCACUCCGAAUGGAGUUCUCAACACCUCCUGCUUUGUCGUUCUGUUUCUAUACAUGACUGUUGGGUAAAAAACAUUUGAAAACUAAAAAAAAGCGUUUUUUUUUCAGCUUUUUCGGCUACCUACGGUACGGGAAUGAUAUCAAAGACACGCUGACGCUGAACUUGCCGCAAACGACGUUAGUUUGGAAAUUUUGA